GAGCUGAGUCAUAUUGUAAGAAUCCUCUAGUAAGUAGUACUACUAUAAAAACUCGACAAGAAUUUUGCUCACCGCUCCUGAGUGUCUGCGCUUCGUGUGAAAAGUUUAAUUUAAGUGUUCGGCUAACUUUUUACGCUCGUACGCGUUUACCGUUCAAUUGUUUAUACGUUGCUCGUUAUAUAACGCAUUUGACGAUAUGGCAUCGGGUGUGACUGUUGCAGACGCUUGCAAAAAGGUCUAUGAAGAAAUUAAGAAAGAUAAAAAACACAGGUAUGUUGUUUUUCAUAUUAAAGAUGAAAAACAAAUCGACAUUGAGGUGAUCGGUGAACGUAACUCAACCUAUGAUCAGUUCCUAGAAGACCUACAAAAGGCCGGGCCAGAAGAGUGCCGUUAUGGACUUUUCGACUUCGAAUAUACUCAUCAAUGCCAAGGCACAUCGGAAAGCUCUAAGAAACAAAAAUUGUUCUUGUUGUGCUGGUGUCCAGAUACUGCAAGAGUAAAGAAGAAGAUGGUGUACUCGUCCAGCUACGAUGCGCUCAAGAAAUCAUUGGUCGGUGUUCACAAGGCGUUCCAGGCAACCGAUCAUUCUGAAGCUUCCCAAGAGGUAAUCGAAGAAAAGCUCAGAUCCACCGACAGGCAGUAAAAAUAUCAAAUAUAUAUAUAUAUUUUUCUAAAUAUAUGCGCCAAUAUAUAUUUAUUUAAGUGAAGGUUUCAUCUUUUACGUUUUGGUAUUAAAAAAUUAUUAAAAUAAAAAAAAUUAGUACUUCCACAACGUAAUUGUUUACUAUAUACAACAUACAUUAUGAAUUUAUACAUUUACUAACAUAAAAACCAAAUAAUCACAAUAUUCAUUUUGUUUUUAUCUAAGCAAUAUGUUCCCUUGUAAGAACAUAUAUUUUAUACCUACAUAUUAUUUUUAAGUAUUAAUGCAAGCGUGUUUAAUUUUUCAUGAACAAAUUAUACAUAUUAGAAACUAUGCUCUCUA